AUGCUUUUUGACUUCCCCUUCCCAGAAAAUUGUCUUAAAAGGUUGGUUUUCAAUACUCAAACAGUCAGCUAUUCGCCACUGAUAUAAGGCAUCAUCUCUCAAAUUAAUUUUGAACAGGAGAAUAUCCACCACGAUCCAUUUUCGCUUCAUCUUCCUCCAAACGCUGCAUUCCGGAGCUCCAAUUUGGGAGUUUUUUCCCCCCAUUAUAAGACUCUUUAAAAACAGAUUAAUGAGUUUUAAAAGGUUGGGUGCAGCCUUUCUGCAGUCUGGAGCGCGUCGCUGUAAGUAUAUAUGGGACUUGCCUAACUCAAGCUAUAAUAAGGUUUGUAUGGAUGGCAAAAUAAUAAUACAGAGUUACGUUUCUUUGCAUUGUAGUUAGCUACGCCUUGUGUUUAUUUCUUUUAUAUUGGGGGUAGCAAUGUUAUUGGGACAAGAAAUCAGGAAGAUUCUUAAGACUGUGAAAAAGAGAAGAGAUGAAUAAUAUUUCUACCAAGGUGACCAACAUGGCGACAAUCUCCUUCAGAUUGAAAUAACAGAUGCUGAGUGUAAAAUAGUUUCCCUCUAAAUGCACUAUUGUGUAUACCGGUGUUCUUAGAAUCCCAAACCCAAUUGCUACAACAAAUAAGCCCCACCGCUUUAAAUUAUCUGUUUACUGUUUGGAUUUAUUAUAACUCGUUUAUUAGCGCAGAUCCAUGCAUGACGGUCUUCGAGACCAAUUUGCUAUGGAUAUAUCAAAAGGUAUUUCGGAAAGAAAGGAUUUCAUUUAUUUUAUUUCCCCUCCCCCUCCCCCAAUAGAAGAUUUACAUUCGAUUGCCUCACCUCGCCCACCCAAUCUAGAAAAGAUGUGGGUGGGGGUGCAGGAUGGUAAAGGACGCUCGAUUAACAAGUCGUGCGAAGAUUAUGAAAGCCCUUCAAUUUCUAAGACCGCAGAUGAGCAGCUCAGUACGUGGAGAAGACCAUAAGGAACAAACUCUCUCUUUCAACCCCGGGGAUGGGCCAGAUCGCUUGGCAAACAGGCCUGAUUUAUUAUUGCUGAAUCUGUCCCUUCAUUAUUAGGGUGAUGAAUUGUAUUUUGCCUGUAAACAAAUGUGCUUUUGAAUUCGUGCCAUAUCAAAUAUGAGUCUAACUACAUGAGUCUUCGUUUUUUUUAGCCUUAAGUUUAUUUAAUUUCGCCUCUUUCUCUUCUCUCCAAAUCCCCACCCCUUCCUUUCCUUUUUUUAAAAAAAUAUUUCCCCCAUCACUCAGCAUAA